AUGUUUGUGGAUGUGAAAGCACAGGUGCAUCGGGAUGCUUUGAAUGGCAAGGUUACCUGUGAUCACAGUUCCAUGCUGGCUGCUUUCCUGGGAGUUGCUUGUAAAACUGGUUUAGAGAUGGUUUCCCCUGCCCCACCCCUCUCAUCAACCAACACUUACUUGGUGGAUGCCAGUAAGGCUAGGUUAAGAUCAAUGAUGGCUGCCGUCGUGGUGACUGCUGUGGACCAAUCUCAGCUUGCCUCUCUUUCUAUCGAUUGCAAGGCAGAGUUGGCUCCAGGGAAGGCUUUUGGGGGCAAGGUUGUUCACGGGAAAACCUGUACACUUUUUCAUAUCCCUGUGGCCUCAUUGGCUGCCUUAUCUGGCCCCAGAGAGUGGAAUCGGGAACGGAUCCAAAAGGAAGCCCGGUGGUGUGUGAAAAGGCUUUGCUCAAGUCUCAUCGAGGGCCGUUGCUAUGGCAUUGCUGGCUCUACCAACGUGACAGAUGAUCAGGUUAAGAAGCUGGAUGUCCUCUCCAAUGACCUGGUUAUGAACAUGUUAAAGUCAUCGUUUGCCACCUGUGUUCUUGUGUCGGAAGAAGAUAAACAAGCCAUAAUAGUAGAACCCGAAAAAAGGGGUAAAUAUGUGGUCUGCUUUGAUCCCCUCGAUGGGUCUUCCAAUAUUGACUGCCUUGUGUCCAUUGGAACCAUUUUUGGCAUCUACAGAAAGAAGUCAACGAGUGAGCCUUCCGAGAAGGAUGCCCUGCAGCCAGGCCGGAACCUGGUGGCAGCCGGCUAUGCGCUCUACGGCAGCGCCACCAUGCUGGUCCUGGCCAUGGAGUGUGGGGUCAACUGCUUCAUGCUGGACCCAGCCAUCGGAGAAUUCAUUUUGGUGGACAGGGAUGUGAAGAUCAAAAAGAAAGGUAACAUCUACAGCCUUAACGAGGGCUAUGCCAAGGACUUUGACCCUGCCGUCACUGAGUAUGUCCAGAGGAAAAAGUUCCCCCCAGAUAAUUCAACCCCCUAUGGCGCCCGCUAUGUGGGCUCCAUGGUGGCUGAUGUUCACCGCACUCUGGUUUAUGGAGGGAUCUUUCUCUACCCCGCCAACAAGAAGAGCCCCAAAGGAAAGCUGAGACUACUCUAUGAAUGCAACCCCAUGGCCUUUGUCAUGGAGAAGGCCGGGGGAGUGGCCACCACUGGGAAAGAAGCCUUACUGGACAUCGUGCCCACGGAGAUCCACCAGAGGGCGCCGGUCAUCUUGGGGUCUCCUGACGACGUCAUGGAGUUCCUGGAGAUUUAUCAGAAGCACUCUGCCAAGUGAAGAGCCGGCCUUGCCCACGCCCCAAAGGAGUGCCUUUGGUCUGGACCUUUUAUCUUACGC